CUUCGCCUCUGUUUCUGUCAACUUUCCCAUUCGGCGUUGCACAAUACCACAAAUCUCCUCUCACAUUUUUUUGUAACACUCUACUACAACCUUGCGUCCUACCGGCCUGCCCAAAGAAUGGCAACGACUCAUCAACGAGAGCGGCAUCCCCGAGAAUGCGCAAAGGGAAAACCCCCAGAUGAUUGCAAAUAUCGUGACUUUCUAUAAAGAGACCACAGAGAAGCCGCAUGAGGACCAAGUCUUUGAAAAGUUCCACGAUGCUAAAGCCCCAGAACUGCGCACCCCAUCAGGAGGAGCGUCGCCUGGCGUCUACGCCCCAAACUCAAACUAUGCCGGUAUGUCACCUAUGCUCAGUCCACCAGCAAGUCCCAGGUUUCCAAUAGUGAAUAAUGAAGGCACCUUCGAGAACCCCCGAGCGCCGCCUCCCGUCCCCGGCGUUAGCAUUGGACCAUCAUCCGGUAGACCGACGCACAAGGACGCCAACCUCAUGCCCAGCCGCCCGGCACCGAAGCCCCCGACAGUUCUACCCUCGAGGUCUGCUGCCCCCCCUCAGCAGCACCAGUACCAGCAAUCGCACCAGCAACAACAGCAACAGCACUACCCUGCCAAGGACUCGGGAAUUGGUAUGGCCCACAGCGGCGACGAUCUGCCUGCAGUUGCCUAUGCUCCUCCCAAGGAACCCGUCCCUAUGCUUCCCGAGGAGCACCGAACAAGAUCGAGGUCGAAUUCGCGUGCCAAUGGAAGCGCACCCUACACGCCCGGUGGUAGCCAGCCCUCGCCUGUCGUCCAGCAGGCGUACCAACAACAAUUAAUGGAGCAGCAGCAGCAACAAGCCAUGGCGCAAGCACAGGCUGCGAUGAAAGGCCAGCUGAGUCGUUCUGCCAGCCAAAGACAACCUCAGGCUCAACCUGUGCCAUCAAAUACGCAGAACCAAUACGGCCGACCUCCGGAAGCUAGCGCCAACGGUGGAGGUCCCAGGCAACCUCCCGGCAUCGGGCCCGCUCCCCAGGCGCGACCACGUCACCGCCAACGACAAAGCGCCACCAUCGAUGUCACCGCCGCUCUCAAGCGCAUCUGUUCAGAUGGUGACCCCCGUGAGAUCUAUCGUGGGUUCACCAAGAUUGGGCAGGGUGCUUCGGGCGGCGUGUACACCGGACACGAGCGAGGAUCCAACCGUUUGGUAGCUAUCAAGCAGAUGAACCUCGAACAGCAACCUAAGAAGGACCUCAUUAUCAACGAGAUCCUUGUCAUGAAGGACAGUGUCCACCCAAACAUUGUCAAUUUCAUUGACAGUUAUCUCUCAACCGGCGAGCUUUGGGUCAUUAUGGAAUACAUGGAGGGCGGUAGUCUUACCGACGUCGUCACUUACAACAUCAUGACGGAAGGUCAAAUCGCGUCGGUAUGCCGGGAAACGCUCAAAGGCCUACAGCAUCUGCACUCCAAGGGCGUCAUCCAUCGAGACAUCAAGUCGGACAACAUCCUGCUGUCUCUAGACGGUAACAUCAAGCUGACCGACUUUGGUUUCUGUGCCCAGAUUAACGAGGCGCACAACAAGCGUACCACAAUGGUUGGCACACCCUACUGGAUGGCUCCCGAAGUUGUGACCAGGAAAGAGUACGGCCGGAAAGUCGACAUCUGGUCUCUCGGUAUCAUGGCCAUCGAAAUGAUUGAGGGCGAACCCCCGUAUUUGACAGAGUCUCCUCUCAGAGCUCUGUGGCUCAUCGCUACCAACGGUACGCCUCAGAUCAAAGAGGAGCAGAAUUUGUCUCCAGUCUUCAAGGACUUCCUCUAUUUCGCCCUCAAGGUAGAUCCAGAGAAGAGAGCUAGUGCCCAUGACCUAUUGCGACACAACUUCAUGAAUUCCUGUGUCGACCUGGCAUCAUUGUCGCCCCUUGUCCGCGCUGCAAGAGAAGCACGCCAGCAAGAGAAGGCUCGUAAGGGCCAAUGAACUCCUUCAUGAUCAUGAGAAAGCAUGUGUCUGAAUACCUAUUAUCAUAGCGGCUUGCGAUUUCUUUCUUACGUUUUGAACAUCUCC